CGUUAGGGAGAGUCUGCGCCAACGGGGACAGGUGGGAUAUUCAUCAUCAUGCUGGAAAUCCAGACUUUGCGUGCUAACAGUCAUCGUACAUCUUCUGAACCGUCUGCUCGGCUAUGAAACAAACACUGAGGUCAUAUUUACUCUAAAUGAUGCUGGAUCCCUCCGCGGAGGAGAAUCAUUGCCUUUGCCUUUGGACAUUUACAGGAUCGCAGUCAUCUUUCUGUGAGAAAUCCCUCAGAAUUCAGUGCAGCCAGGAGGCUUUAGCAUGUUUUGAGUAAAUAAAGGUAUCGAACGAUAUUUUCAUACAAUAAAACGAUGCUGGACAAGAGUAAAUAUAAUCUGGUAGACGACUCAGUGGAUCAGAGGAUUCCUGCUGAUAAUGAUGGGCAGUUCCAGCAAGGACUCACAUUCGAGGUGAAGUUCAUUGGGAGCCUGGAUAUCGUGCGACCCAAAAGCAGAAUUGAAAUAUUGGCUGCUAUGAGACGAAUACGGUAUGAGUUUAAAAUUAAGAACAUCAAGAAGAAGAAAGUCAACCUUAUUGUGUCAGUGGAUGGUGUCAAUGUGGUUUUGCGGAAGAAAAAAAAGAAAUAUGACUGUAGGGGCUUUUUGGGAUUAGGAUGA